CUGUCUGCCUCCCCCCAGCCGGCCGCCCCCUUUCUUCAAUGAAAACUGAGAUUGCGGGGGGUGCAAAGACCAUGAAAGGACAGAGCUGGACAGAGACACUUUUAAGGGCUGUUUGUUUGGGGUAGUAUUUGUGGCUUGUCCCCCGACUUUUUAUUUUAAGAAAUAGAAGCUAAGGACUUUCUCCCAGGAGAGAUACAGCGCUGUAACAACGUCCAACUGGUCCCGCUAGCGCCCGUGCGCUCACUCAGAUUGAGCGCGAGCUAACCGAAGUUAGCUGGACGGAGAGGAGAGAGGGGUCGACAGAGAGCGCCGUCGUCCAACCUAGUAACGUUAGCAUGUCGCCCUCGGGAAGAAGUAACUCAAGCUUUGGAUGAGGUUCCGUGGCGCAGUUCGAUCGCAGAGACUUUUUGACGUGACGGUGGUUUGGGAUGUUUCUGUCAGCGCGGGGCUCCGGUGGAGGCGCGGUGUCCCGGGGUUGGCCGCAUACGGUACUGUGGAGACUGGGGGGUUUCUUUCUCCUCCUGCUUCUCGAAGGGGCCCGAUGCCUCGCCAACCCGAGCAACGCGCCGGACAUAAACAAUAACAAUAGGCCGAAUAUGAACGUCUUCAUGAGCGAGGAAGAGGUCAAGAAACUCUUGGGUCUUGAUGCUGAGUUGUACUAUGUGAGGGAUGAUGUGAUAAAUCAUUAUGCCCUUUCUUUCAUCCUGCCUGUCCCCAGUGACACUAACAGCCUGCAUUUCACAUGGCACUCCAGCAGCAAGGUGGAUUACAGGUUAGAGUUUCAAGUGGAAAACACUUCAGCCAUGGAUCAACCUCAGAGCAACAUCUCUGCUCAGGGGGAGGUCCCACGCACUCGUUCAGUGUUCAGAGUGGACCUUUUCUGCUCUGGAAAGGCUGAUGGAGAGGCUGUGCUAACGGUGCAGUUGAACCUGACUACACCAGUCAACAACUUCACAGUGCUCAACUUCAAACGCAGGAAAAUGUGUUACAGAAGAAUUGAGCAACCAGAGCCCCCCAAAACUCUGCCAUUCCCAAACACAACCAUACAGAGAAUAGACCCGAGCAGUUCAAAUGCUCCCACCACAUCCACACGAGUUUUCUACAUCAGCGUGUGUGUGUGCUGCAUUGUCAUCUUCCUGGUAGCCAUCAUCCUCGCUGUGUUACACCUUCACAGCAUGAAGAGAGUGGAAAUGGAUGACAGCGUCAGCGACAGUGGAAGCUCUCAGGGUCUGUCUCAGCCGUCCACCCAGACCACCCAGUACCUGAGGGCAGACACCCCCAACAACGCUACACCUGUCACCAAUGCUCAUACUGGCUCUGCACCCAUGCUCCAGCUUGCAGGCGCCUCCUUCCCUCACCCUGGUGCCCCCUCGCACGAAACCAAAAGUUAUCCCUCGCUGCGGAUUGAGAAGAAUGACUUGAGAAGUGUCACUCUCCUUGAGGCCAAGGCAAAGGUCAAAGACAUCGCCAUCUUCAGAGAGAGAGUCACACUACGAGACGUCUUGCAUGAAGGGACCUUUGGCCGCAUUUUUCAUGGAGUCUUGCUUGACGAGAAGGACCCAAACAAAGAGAAACAAGUCUUUGUGAAAGCAGUGAAAGAUCACGCCUCAGAGGUACAGGUGACCAUGAUGCUUACAGAAAGCUGUAAACUACGGGGCCUUCACCACAGGAACUUGUUACCCAUCAGCCAUGUGUGUAUAGAAGAUGGUGAGAAGCCCAUGGUCCUGUUGCCCUAUAUGAACUGGGGAAAUCUUAAGCUUUUCCUGCGCCAAUGUAAGCUUGCUGAGGCCAACAACCCACAGGCCAUCUCUCAACAAGACCUGGUCCACAUGGCAAUACAGAUUUCAUGUGGGAUGAGCUAUCUGGCACGGAGAGAGGUUAUUCACAAAGACCUGGCUGCCAGAAACUGUGUAAUUGAUAACAGUAUGCAAGUGAAGAUCACAGACAAUGCGCUGGCCCGUGAUCUCUUCCCCAUGGACUACCACUGCCUCGGAGACAAUGAGAACCGACCCGUUCGCUGGAUGGCUUUGGAGAGUUUGCUUAACAAUGACUUCUCUAGUGCCAGUGAUGUGUGGGCUUUUGGGGUUUCUCUGUGGGAGCUGAUGACCUUGGGACAGACUCCUUAUGUUGACAUUGACCCCUUCGAGAUGGCUGCCUAUCUGAAAGACGGCUACAGAAUAGCACAACCCAUCAACUGCCCCGAUGAACUAUUUGCAGUGAUGGCGUGUUGCUGGGCCUUGGAUCCGGAGGAGAGACCAAAAUUCCAACAGCUCGUCCAGUGCCUCACUGAGUUCCACGCAGCUUUAGGGGCCUACGUCUAAACUCGCUCAAACCGGCCGAGUUGUUGAACAGCACUAUUCCAGAGAGUGAAGGUUAAUGCAGUGCCUUACUUUAU